GUCUUAAAUGUAUGUAGAAGGGACGCAAGAGGAAGUAAUGUAUAAAAUUGAUAAAGGUUAAGACUCUCCUAAUUCGGAUGACAACUUAACUACUUAAUAAGUCUAACGACCUUAGAUAAAGCAUUUUUAACAGUCGCUUAAUCAUAUCUUUCUAAUUCAAGUGUUACACACUAUAAAUACAACUAAGAAUUAUUUCGAAGUGUAGAAUAAACUUAUUACGACUGUCUUGUGUUAAUAUAAGUUAGAUAAUAUUGGAACUGAUAUCGUUGCCAUUUGUCAAACACGUAACUGACAAUAUGCCUACAAAUAUGUUUCGAAUUUGUGUGUUCUGGAUGUGUAUGAUAAGCAAACAUCAUUUUGAACUGACAGAGGAACCUGUAUGUACAUCAAGAUUUGAUUACGAUUUUAAGAUCGUUGAAAAACUGUUUGAAAUGGACCAGAAAAUCAAAAAGGCCGAGGAAGAAAUACAGAGACAACAUCAGCUAAUUAACAGGCUUUCCACUGGUGGAAGUGGCUCAGUGUAUGUUAGAUCGGGCCGGAACCUAUGUCCAGAACAUGCUACAGCUAUAUACAAUGGUUACAUCGCUGGAAAUAAAUACGAUAAGAGUGGUAGUGGGAGUGAUUCCGUGUGUCUUCCUUCUGAUCCCGUUUGGUCGAACUAUAGUGACGGGGAUGACAGAAACAGAGGAUUUAUUUACGGGACAGAGUUUGACGAGGAGGGUACCAAUAUUUUUGGUUACUCGGUUUUCCAACAAGACAUCCCCUGUGCCGUCUGCAGAACCAAAAAGUCAGCACUUGUCAUGAUUCCAGCGAGGGCAAUAUGCUAUCCUGGUUGGAAAGAGGAAUACAGUGGAUAUCUCAUGUCGGCUUAUCAUACUCAUCCCGGGUCUCAUAACCAUAUAUGUGUGGACAGUGAUCCAGAGUUCGUAGCUCGCGGUAGCAAUAAUGAUAAUCAACAUAUCUUAUAUCUCAUGGAAGCUCAAUGCGGUUCACUACCUUGUCCACCUUACGUCCAAGGACGAGAGCUCACCUGUGUUGUCUGUUCUGCCUAACUACUACAUCCUGAACUUCACAUAAUAUACCUAGUACAUAAAAGUCGUUUUUGCUUAAAGCUGCAACAUGUACCAUAAAAAGCAUUUGUUUUGUAACAUAACAAAGUGAAUCCUAACUGAGAAUUAAUGGAACUACAAUAUCACUUCAUCUUGAGGCACCAGAGCUAGGUGUAAACACUACCUACUUGAACAGCCAACUGUAAGAGUCUGGAGCUUUAAUUAUAGCUAUCGUCUAGUUUGACAUUAUAAGUUACUUGUUUCAUGUUAUAUGUAAAAUUGUUUCUAUUAUUAGUAAAGAGAAUGAUAAGCAGCUCCGUACAUUAGGAACACAUUUGAAUAGGCAAAAUGCAUUUCUGAAAAUGUAAAAAAUAGCAUGAAACAUUAGAAUAAUAUUUACCUUUCUUCGGUCAGGCCAUGUACCGAUUGUCAGCGAUUGUCAGCAUAUCAUCACCCUAUAUCUAUAGCAAUCAUUAAACCAGAAUUUGAAGUCCCUAAAUGUUGGCCAAUAUAUUUAUAUUUCGAUUGUAUAAUAUUUAAACUGUUACUUACUGGCUACGAAGGCUUUUUAAAAAAAAAAAAAAAAAAAAAAAAAAAAGAGAAAAAAGAUAUUUUGAAACGCUCCCUAAGAUAGCUAUUAUUGUUCAUGUUUUUAACAUGCGCUUUUGCAAUAUUGAUGAUAGCUGUUAAUAAAAAAGAAACCGUUGGUCUUUUAACCUUUCCAGUAGAGGUUCACAAACAAACUGGAUACCCCGAUUGCUUUUUGCAAAUUAAUGAACGUAAUUUUAUACAUUUUGCUGAGAAUCUUUAAAAUUGUUUGUAUCCGUGGACCUAGUGCCACUAUGUGACGCAUUAUACGAUGAUCCUAUAUAAGCCUUAUCCCGCUUAAAGCUAUUGCUAACAAGAAAUUUUGCCACUUUUUAUGUGACAUCAUAUGGCAUCUGUAACUGUUACAUAGAAUGUACUUGAAUAAAACCUUUAGAGAAACUGUACCUUUAUUUCAAGUAAAUUUUGAUUGCAUCACCGACCCGUACGCCUUUUUGUCUGCAUGUUAUUUCACCUUGUGAGAUAUAUAAUUUACAAUGCGAGGAAUCCAGUACUCCAUUGUGGAUCUUUGGUCUAAUUCACCCUGUUAGAGAGCCGGUACGUUAAUAUUCCAUUACACCAUUUCUUAUUUUCUUUAAUUAUAAUCUUCAGUUUAGUUUUAGAAAUAAAUCAUUUCAUUUACAAAAGAUCUAUCAUGUUUCCCACGUACAUUUCAGUCGGCGACGUUUUGAGACAGAUCUUCGCGUGUCAAUCAAAUCGUCUGUGAAAAGAGUUGCCACAGCUUUCAAUAUCGACACCAAAUACGGGGACUUUUUAUCCAAAAGUCCGAUCAGAGGAGUACACUUUUAUUUACUGCAGUCAUUUUGUAUCGUCAUGGUUAAUUCUUAACAAAUAUUUUGCAUAAAUGUGGCUUGAAUUAACUAUCUAAAACCUCUCCUGAUAUAAAUGACGAGUACGCAUGCUCAUCAAACCUACGAGAUAAAUAAAUAAGAGUUUCAUCCGUGAUUAUGAGAAACUUCUAACAGAUGAGAAUGGAAUCAAAUAAGCUAAUCUUUAAAUAUGCAAAGCAAAAUCAUACCGUAAACCGAUUUGCUCCUUUGAGACCUUCCGGAUCCGAGAAGCCCCAUUCAGUCAUUAUUAUAGACAAGGGCAGGUAUCUUGGAAGAAUUUCCAAACUUCCGUAUGUCAUCUUGGUGACUUACUUGACAGAAUAAAUGAAUUUGCACAACUGCUAAAUGUUAAUAGAAAUCAAAAUAUAUCUAUUUCCACCUAUCAUGUACAAUUAAAACAAAUAGUGUACUCUAAACUUCAAAAGAAUUAAAGACGGCACCAAUUCAGAUGAUUUAAUCUGGAACUUUAGAAAUUCUUGACGUAACUUGCAAUAUCGGUAACCAAACUUAUAACGUUCAUCUUAAUAAAGUCUCAAACAAGGCUUACCACAUUAGGAAUAAUACAGAGAUGCCAUAUAUAAACUACACUCUAAUAAUUAUGAUUAGCAAUGCUUAAAUCAUCACAACGAUAUUGACGUCAAGUCGGCGUGAUAUUUAGCGCCAUGUAUGCAUCUGGAAAUAGCACUUUCUAAUUUUUUUAAAUAGUUUACUUAAUAGCAUGUUUAAAAUGAAAUGUCACUUUGUAAAACUUUCUUGAUUAAUUUAGACACAUACUAAGUUGGUUAUUCAUUUUCCAGAUUAAUUCGCCUUAUUUUCGCCCAAAUUGAACUCUUCCACAAGAUGUAUUACCAUUUCCUGUCGUGUAUAAACGUAGGAGCAUGUCGACCAACAUUUGGCGCAAUGCAUGCGCAAAGAAACAGUUCUGUUCGGGCGAUUAUACGUCGUUCGAAAUCAUUUCAAUCGGACUGCGCCCUUCUGAAAUUAUUACGCCCGUGUAACCGCCCAUCGUGUAUAAAUAGUAUUAAAACACGGUGUUGCUAUAAAUUAUUUCUUAAAUGUAGCAACAAAUAUUCAAUAUGCUAUGCAAAAAUACUUUUAAAAUAACAAUAUUAAAGAGUACAGUCAUCUAAAAGUACAAUGUUAUACACGUUUUAUGAUUAGUCUCCUUGCAGUCAAGUUUUUUAUCUAGGUCUUCACGCAGGUUUGGAGUUUACUACUCAUAUCUUAGAGUCACCCUAUGCAUUGUAUAUAAUAAACGGAUCGAUACAAUUGCCAAGCAACAGAAAUACCGGGAAGGGGGCAUUAUCAUAUUUGAUGCCAUUGGAGCCAAAGUUUCAUAUUAAAAUUUAAUUGAAGAACCAACCUGCAUAUUCUUCUAACGAAUGGGUAGAUAGACUUGCGAACUGACAUAUAUUGCUUAAUUCCUGUAAGUAAUUAAACGACUUUAUCCGGGCAUAAAGUGCGAGACAUAUAAUCAAUUAAAAAGGAUAAAUGGGAAGAGGAAGACAGACCCUGAGUUAGCGAUAUAUUAACAAUCAGUAUAUAAACGGACUUUUUUUUAUUUUGGCAAUCAGCAGAUACUCGCCCAACCCCACAUCACAAUCGUUGCAUAGAGUUUUCGGUUCUGUUGACGUUUUUAUUUUUUUUUUUGGUUUUUUUUUUUUCUCACGAGUAUUCAGAUCAUUUGGUCAUAAUCAAACUGCAUCGUGGUUUAUCUUUUGUGUCAAUUUCUUUCACAUAUAUGACCGUUAAAAGUAAUAUCGCAAAGACUUAAUUCCACAUGUAAAUGCAUUGUUCCAGUCUGUAUGUAUUUACAAAGAGUUUAGAAUUAAGUCCGGUAAAAUAUAUAUUCUAUAAAUGCGUGACGUGAAAACAACAUUCUUUCUUUAUUGAUCAGCAAAGGCCUAAAAUGUACGUAAAUAACAAUAUUAUCAGUUAGUAACAUCAGAAAGAAUCUUUUCUUCCUUACUCAACUAGCGAUAAUACGUGUUACUUCCCUGAUAAAUGAACGAUAAAAGUCAUUUGAGCAUCUAUGUAUACAAAAAUGAUUUGUCUAAAUAGUAUUUAAAAGGGACGCAAGAGAGAGAAACUUAUAAAAUUGUGAAAGGUUUAGACACUCCUAAUUUGGAUGUUAACUUAACUACUUAAGUCUAACGGCCAUAGAUAAAGCAUUUUUAACAGUCGUUUAAUCAUAUCUUUCUAAUUCAAGUGUUACUCAUUACAGAUACAGCUUGGUAUUUUAUCGAAGUAUAGAAUAACCUGUUUUUGACUGUCUUGUAUUCAUAUAAACUGGAUAAUAUUGGAACUGAUAACGUUGCCAUUUACCAAACACGUAACUGACAAUAUGCCAACAAAUAUGUUUCGAGUUUGUGUGUUCUGGAUAUGUAUGAUAAGCAAACAUCAUUUUGAACUGACAGAGGAACCUGUAUGUACAUCAAGAUUUGAUUACGAUUUUAAGAUCGUUGAAAAACUGUUUGAAAUGGACCAGAAAAUCAAAAAGGCCGAGGAAGAAAUACAGAGACAACAUCAGCUAAUAAACAGGCUUUCCACUGUUGGAAGUGGUUCAGUGUAUGUUAGAUGGGGCCGGAACAUAUGUCCAGAACAUGCUACAGCAAUAUACAAUGGUUACAUCGCUGGAAAGAAAUACAACGACAAUGGUAGUGGGAGUGAUUCCGUGUUUCUUCCAUCUGAUCCUGUUUGGUCUAACUAUAGUGACGGAGGUGACGGUAACAGAGGGUACGUUUACGGUACAGAAUUUGACGAGCAGGGUGUCAAUAUAUUUGGUUACACAGUUCAUCAACAAGACGUCCAGUGUGCCAUCUGCAAAACCCAAAAGUCAGCACUUGUCAUGAUUCCAGCGAGAGCAAAGUGCUAUCCUGGUUGGAAAGAGGAAUACAGUGGAUAUCUUAUGUCGGCUUAUAAUUCCCAUACGGGACCUCAUAACCAUAUCUGUGUGGACAGUGAUCCAGAGUUCAUACCUCGCGGUAGCAAUAAUAAUAAUGAACAUAUUUUAUAUCUCAUGGAAGCUCGAUGUGGUUCACUACCUUGUCUGCCUUAUGUUGAAGGAAGAGAGCUUCCCUGUGUUGUCUGUUCUGCCUAACUGCUUCAUUGGCAAACGUAAUGCUAAACGAUUCUGUCAGUCCAAGGUUGUAUUAAAAGUUAUCUUUUUUA